AUGUCAACUGCUAAGCCACCAUCAUUCUUCGUCUCCCUUCCAGUCGCAUCUCUCAGCUCCUCCACCGACUUUUAUAAGUCUCUUUCCUUCACCCCUCUUGAUGAUUACUCGGACGCCAACACCGCGGCAUUCCGCUUCCCUUACAAGUCCAACGCCAAUAUCUGCCUCAUGAUACACUCUACAUCGAGGUUUGAGGAAUUCAUUCGCCGUGGUUCAGAAAUUGUACACGCAAAGAAGGCCACUGGCGCCAUAUACACCCUGGGUGUGCCGAAUAAGGAAGACGUAGAUGGGUUCCUGGAAAAGGCUGAAAAGGCGGGUGGCAAGAAAGACCCUUUUGAAAUGAAGGAGUAUGGGAAAGAUUUGGGACUAUAUACGAGAAGCUUCGAGGACUUGGAUGGGCAUAUCUGGGAAGCAACAACAAUGUUGAAUGAGAAGUCAAAGGAGGAAGCAUGA